AUGACAGUGCCACUGUCACAAUACGCCAAUUUUGUUUCAACUUCAAGUGAUAACGUGUUCAGAUGCCGCCACUACUCCGACUGGAGCCUCGGCAUAAGCCGGCUGGAGCAGGACUGGCGCGACGUGGUCUCCGAGGCCGAGCAGAUCGUGGGCUACCCCACCUCCUUCCUCAACCUCCGGUGGCUGUUCAACGAUGAGAUCGCUAACACUGCCAUACAUUUGAGGAAGCUUGUGGGCACAAAUCACCCUCUACUGAAAUCGGCGAAGAACCUCCUCAUCGGUUCCAAAAGCAAUCUUCAGUCGGUAGGGCUGAUCGUGCUACUCGUGUCAAAAGCUGCGAGCUUCAAUCCUCAGGACUUCACUCGGGAUCAGUACGACUCCGGAGUGCUGCACUCUCAGAGGGCGGUGGCGGAGAUCGUGGAGAUGAAGCGGACAGGCCACAUGAUCCAUAAGACCAUGGUCAACCUGCAGGACAAGCAGAAACACGGGGACAAGUACAACGACCUUCUUUAUGGGAACAAGAUUGUGCUUUUAACUGGAGAUUAUCUUCUAGCAACAUGCUUACAAAAUCUUGGAGGACUUCGAAAUAAUGCGGUGACAGAACUGAUCUCUACUGGCCUUCGGGACCUCGUUGAAGGAGACUUUUUUGGAGAACACGAUCCGUUGAAUAACCCUCUUCCAACGAUGCCUAAAGGUAAUAAUAAUGACUCCGGCCGCUACGACUGGGAGACAGAAGAUAACCUAAAGAAACUUGGAUCCAACGAUUUCUUAGGCCAGGGCAAAGAUGAGUGGAAGCUGCGAACUAUGCUGGCCUCUGGAAGCAUACUCGGAAAAGGCUGCCAAGGAGCUAUGAAACUGGCCAACCGUGGAGAGCAGAUGGAAAGAGAUGCAUACAUCCUUGGAGGCCAUUUAGCCCUGAUCUGGCAGUUAUAUCUUGAUGUAAAAGACUUCUUCACGCACCCGUAUUCGUACUCCUUGGUUGGGGCUCCAGUUAUGCUGGCUAUGUGGGAGUAUCCAACAGUUUACGGGUAUCUUCUGGAACACAAAUUGGAGGGCAAACCGAUGGACUAUAAACAGCUGUAUUACGCCGUUCGAGGGACGAGGGCUAUCGAGUAUUUGUCGCUGUUCUUGGACGAAGAGUUGGAAGCCAUAUUGAGGUACAGCGACAGGUUUCCAGUGGACGACGCGAGACAAGCGCUGCAGAAGAUGGCUACGACAAUACACGCAGAGGCUUUGCAGUACAUGGAGAAGUAAUAAA